AGUGAAACCUCAGGCACUCUGGGGAAAGUGCCAAACACUGUUAGUGAAACCUCAGGCACUCUGGGGAAAGUGCCAAACACUGUUAGUGAAACCCCGGAGUUUGAAAUCCAAGACGCGGUUAGUGAAUCCACAGAAUUUGAAACGCUAGAUACCCUUAGUGAAACCCCAGAUUUUGAAACGUUGGACAAUGUUAGUGAAUUUACAGAUUAUGAAACACUAGACACCCUUAGUGAAACGACGGAAUUUGAAACCCUUGACAAUUUUAGCGAAUCUGCAGAAUUUGUAACAUUAAACACCCUUAGCGAAACCCCAGAUUUUGAAACCUUGGACAACGUUAGUGAAUCCACAGAAUUUGGGACUUUAGAGUCGGUCAGUGAAACAGAUAUCGAUCCACUCAUUGAACUCAUAGACAGUGACAGUGAAACCCCGGAAUAUAAAACGCAAGACACGAGUAGUGAAACCCCAGACGUAGUUAGAGAAACCUCCCAGAUUGAAACUAUAGAGUGUCAUAGCAAAGAAGUCCCAGCUAUUGUUAGUGUAACCCCAGACAUCAAUGCGCAAGACUCUUUAUGCGAAAUACCAAACACUGUUAGUGAAGCCUUAGAAUCCGUUAGACAGGCAUCAACCACUGUUAGUGAAGCCACAGUUAUUGUUAGUGAAAGCCUAGGCACUGUAAGAGAAACUGCAGCUAUUGUUAGUGAAGCCCCAAACACUGUAGGCGAGACUGUAGUUACUGUUAGUGAAGCCUCAGACAUUGUUAGUAGGACCCAAGACACCGUAAGCGAAACUGCAGCUGUUAGUGAAGCCUCAGACACUGUUAGUGAAAUUAUAGGCACCUGUAGUAAGGCCCCAGACAUUGUUAGCGAACUCGCAGAGACCGAAUCCCCUCUUCUUGUUAGUGAAACCCCAAACACUGUUAGGGACACCACAGAAACUGCCAGUGAAGCCUCGGACACUGUCAGGGAAGCCACCGAGACUACUAGUAAAGCCUCAGACACUGUUACUGAAGCUAAAAGCGCCCUUAGUGAAGCAGCUUUAAGAAUAACCCCAUACGUCGUCAGAGAAAACUUAAACACAGUAUUAGACGCCCUGGACUCUGUUCAGAAAACCUUGGGCGCUGUAGGUAAAACCUCUGACACUGUUAGAGAAUAUUCACCAGUUGCUAUUAGUGAAGCCCCAGUUACCGUUAGUGAAGCCUCACUUACCGUGAGUGAGGCUUCGACAGCUGCUUCUGUAGACACCCAAAGUGUAACCAACACAGACCCCCAACCUCCUUCCCCUGAGACCCUCGCCAGUGCUACCCAAACCCCUCCCGCUUCCCCGGAACCCUUUGUCGACGACCACACUCUCACCACCACCACUUCCACCACUACUUCCGGGUACGACCAUCGCAACGACCUCCUCCUCGCCCAGCGUGAGUCGCGACCUUCUGACGCGAACUGGAACCUCUUCAACGGAAGUGGUGCGUUGACUGGGUGUUCUCUGGUAGCCUGUGUCGUAGAGGUGCUUGCGUCCUUAGACUGUAACGUAGACUGGCUCGAGAGAGUGUGGCUUUUCUUAGACUGUAGCUCGGAUAUGUGCUACGAUACAGUGCUUUUGUCUGCCUGUAGUAACGUAGGCGUGUUGUUCAACGAGCCCUUAACCUGUAGUGUAGACGUGUGUUGGUGUGUGGUUUCCAUAGGCAGCAUUAAUCUGGAUACGACGCGAGCCAGAAGCGGCUCUUGGGUGCUGACGGGAGCCACCUGUGCCACCUGCCAGAGGGACAUUCGGUGCCGUGGUAGAACGGGGGAGGAAAAGAGAGCCAGAACGGGAAGAAAAAGUGUGUACAGAGAUAAAGGCUGAAGAAAAACAGAAGAUUAAAAGCGAGACAUAUUUUUAAUUUGAGUAUUUGAGACGGCGAAGCACCUAUCACGCGAUAGGGUCGAGUAAGGGCACCCUGGAGAGGUCACGUGACUCGCCCUCGACCCACCACCACCUCGGCCUCGAGGACGACCCUCUGGACGACCCGAGGCUGAGCGUGGCGGCGUUGCGGCCCCGCUCCUGGUCGGGUGGCGAGGCUGGGAUGACCUCCGGGCCCAGGCAGGAGGACGAGAGCGAGGGCGAAGGUGAGCCGUCCCCCUCCCUUUCCUUCGGCGUCCGGAGGUCGCUAAGGGCGCUUUUCGGCUCCCUCGGAAAGGGCAGGGGGCGGCAGCGGAAGUCGGCGCCAGAGACGCGAUGGGCCGGGGACCCGCGGGACGGGCGGAAACCAAAGCCGAGCGAGAGACCGCGGAGUCAGUUCUACGUCGAGCUUCCCAGCGACACGACCUGCGACUCGUCCGCUCCGAACCCGCAGCCUGUCAUCGUCGUCACGCCCGCGCGCGCCCAGACUCUCCCCGCCGGCCUCUCGCCUUCGUCCAUGCUGUGCCUGCCGCCCGUGGCCACGCGCCCGCCGCCGCUGCCGUCCGUGGGGUCCCACCGCUACCGCUUCACCCUCCCUCCCUCGCCACACGCCAGGUUGGGUGACAGGGAACCAGGAGGUGAAGGCCGCACAUGCGCACCAGGUCAGGACCUCACGCAAGGUCAUGAGAGGCGCGGCAGAAGGCCGCUCAGGCAGCUGGGCGUUUUAGUCAUACCUGAGUCACUCACUGAGACGCCGGCCUACAGGCGGCGGCUCGGACUCGCCGACCAGGACUUUCCUCUUCCGAGAAGCUCCAGCGAUUCCGCCAUGGGAGGCGAAAUGUCCAAGGGAGAGGAAGAGGAGGAAGAGGAAAUAAGUGAACAUACUGUGACCGCUCCUGUUCACCACAGAUAUAUGAACGUGGUGUCAGAACUAAAUCAGGUUGUGCUAAAAUCGCUCAGUUUACGGAGAUCGCAGGGAGGAGGAGAUGAAGAACGCUUAUUUAGAGCAAGUGUUUGUGACAGUGAUAGUGAUAGUGAAAACAGAAGUACUGAUAGUGACAGUGAUGGCGCGUAUGUGACAGCUGACAAUAGUGGAAUAGAUGUGAAUGGCCUCAGUGAUGUUUGGAAAGAUAAUGUUAAUGGUGAAGAAGUGAUGGUGAGCGAGAGAGAGAGAGACGUAAGGGAUGGUGUAUUAAGAGGGAAGGGAGGCGUGACACCCGAGAUGGUGAGUGAGAGGAAGGACCAGACCCGCGUGAUCCCCGUUCUGUGCCGCGACCCCCCCGCAGGGCUCCCCGUGGGCGUGGAAGGCGGCGACCCUGACACUCCUCGCCGCGUGGGCUGCGCGCCGCCCGCCACCCCGUGUGUUAGUGUUAGUGCUAGUGAGAGUGAGCAUGAGGACACCCCGUCCCGCCCCCUCCACCCCUACCCCGACUCUUCCCCCGCAUGGUUUGACCCCAACGCCCCCACCGGAGUGCCGAGUGCCACUAACCCUGACCCAGGCAGCAGCCGGGACGUCUCUCCGGCUCCUGCCUCGGCGUCCUCCCCCGCCACGGAGAGCCGAAGCAGGAAGGUCUUCCUCAUCGCCCAGGAGGUCAUGACUUCGGAGCGGGUGUUCGUGGACGUCCUCAGGCUCCUCAACGUGGAUUUCCGUAAUUUUGUCUUAGCAGCAGCAGUAGGGCCGCGCCCAAAGGCCCCCACCGUGGCUUGCAUUCCAGAAUCCGAACUCAAUAAAAUACUCAACUACCUGCCGCAAUUACAGAAUCUGAAUGAGGAGAUCCUGAGCGACCUGGAGGCCCGCAUCACAGGCUGGGAAAGACAUUGCAAGAUCUCCGACGUCCUGGUGAGGAAGGGCCCCUUCCUCAAGCUCUACUCGGCCUACAUCAAGGAAUUCCAGCAGCAGUGCGACUACCUGGACGAGUGCUGCGCCAAGUACCCUCUCUUCGCCCGCGCCCUCAAGGACUUCGAGGCGUCCGAGCGCUGCGCCAAGCUCAGCCUCAAACACUACAUGCUGAAGCCCGUGCAGAGAAUCCCCCAGUACCGACUCCUUCUGGAGGACUACCUCAAAAAGCUCCCCGAGGACGGCGAGGACUAUGUGGACACGCAGACCGCCCUCGCCGUCGUGGCCAACGUCGCCGCCCACGCCAACGACGCCAUGAAGCAGGGGACCAACUUCAUGAAGCUGCUGGCCCUCCAAGACCGCCUCGGCAGGAACGCCACCGCCGCGGCCUCCUCCUCCGCCCCCUCCGCCUCCUCCCCCGGGGACUCCAGCAGCCUCAGCAACAGCGGCGGCGGCGGCGGCGGCACCAACAGCACCAACAGCCGAGGCCCUUCGUACGAGCUGGUCCGGCCCGGCCGCUACCUGCUGAAGGAGGGCGAACUCAUGAAGCUGUGUCGGAGAGGCAUGCAGCCGCGGUACUUCAUCCUGCUAUCUGAUGUGCUACUUUACACAAGCCCCAUGACGAGCGGCCCUCAUGGUGCCCUUCGCCUCAACUACGAGCUUCCUCUGGAGGGCAUGAGAGUGGACACCCCAAAGGCAGAGGACUUCAAGAAUGAGUUCAGUGUCAUUUCCACCUCGCGCUCCUUCACGCUGCAAGCCAGCACUGCAGAGGAGCGAGAUGAGUGGAUCAAAGCAUUACGUGAGGCUAUAGAGGACAAUGCCUCACGUCGCUCUACGUUCCUGCAAGCAAAGAUGCCUACUUACCAACAGCCAGCCACCUCCACACUGGGCAAACAGGCUCCUGUCUGGAUCCCCGACUACAGAGUGACAAUGUGCCAGCAAUGCACAGCAGAGUUCACCCUCACUUUCCGCAGACACCACUGCCGUGCUUGUGGGAAGGUUGUGUGUGAUCACUGUUCCUCCAACCGAGCUCCACUCCAGUACAAGAGAAACCAGGUGGCCCGAGUGUGCGACACCUGCUUCGAAGUCCUGCAGAAGGACUUUGAGAGCAAGUAUGAGGGCUCAAUGACUCUUGAAGACACACAGGAGGCAAGGAUAAGGAGAGUGUCGAGUCUCAAGGCUCAGUUUAAGAGGGGAAUUCGAGAUAGCAACAGGAACAAGACCAGGAAGAAGGUGCCUGAAAGGCUGAUGGAGGUGUGUGCCAGUGAUGAGGCUUCUCAGAUGUGCGGUUACCUUAGGAUGAUGGUCAGGAGGUCAUGGCGAAGAGGCUGGUUUGUCCUUAAAGACAGAGUUCUGUACGAGUAUAGAGCACCAGAAGAUGUGUGUGCAUUGCAGAGCUUUCCUGUCUUAGGGUAUGCAGUGGAAACAACACAGGAUCGAGAGAUGACAGAAGGAAUCGACGCUUGUUUAGUCUUCCAGCUGACACAUUGCAACCAGCCUCCCCUCGUCUUCCAAGCUGACACUCCGCACUUAGCCGAGAAGUGGAUAGGAGCGAUGAGGGAAGCUGUUGUCCUGACCUGAGACCCCAUCCAAGGUCAACCUGGUCUGAAAUUAGGUCUCUUUGCCUGUAUCUACAGCAACAUGGAGGCUAACAAGCAACACAACCCUGAGAAAGAAACUUAUUCAUUCUUUUUCCAUAGCACUCACUUGAACUAUGGAUGAGAUGUGAAGAGAACAAAAUGUGAACAGGCCUCCAUGAAAAGUGAAGUUGUGUAUAAAAAAAUGAGAAGUUCUCUGUGGCAUGUGUGAUGCGUGAAGCCAAAGGGGAUUGUAGUCAAGAGGGUGACCUUAUUCCAGCAUGGAUGAGGCUUCAGAGGCAGUAGUGUAGAGCUACUCAAGAAGAGAGUAAUGACAAUAGAAUCCAAGUGCUGAAGUAGAGCAAAUAACACACACAAAAGUCUUAUGUCUUUCCAAGUCUGUGAUGAAAAUCUGUUACAACGAUGUUAUAUGUAUUGUUGAGAUGUUUUAUUAUAUAUAAAAUUCGGUCAGUAUUUUGUGCAUAGUCUUCACUCCCUACUUAUUUUUCUCUGUACAAUAUUGACAAAUCAGGAUUGUUAUUGAAUUUGCAUAUGUUUUACCUUUUUAUUUUUACCCCAAGUCUCUCACUAGGAGUGUUUUAUUAGGAGCGUGGUCUGUUUUAACCCUAUGAAUCAUCAGUCAUUAUCAAAGCUCAAGUUUGUAUAUGGCAGUAUCCUAUACCUGUAAUGUGUCUUACAUUACAUUAGCCAUGUUCCCUUCUACCUGUCAGUCUAAUAUCUAGUUACCUACUGUCUGUCUUUCUGUCAUUAUCUCUUAUUAUAUAUUCUUGAAUCUGGUAUUAUUUAUUUUAUUCUGUCUAUGGUUGCUCCAUAUAUUAUCAUUAGAAUUAUCCAUCAUUCAGAUGUUUACACAAGAGAGCUGAUAAACUAUUGUCUCCAGUUUGAACAUUUUCUCUUUGAGCGAUGUGUAAAUCUUCAAUGUCAUAAUUCUUUUUGACAUCUGUUUUAAAAGAAAGCUUAUGAGGUCUUUGUAUGUAAAGAUUCCCAGACUGUAUAUAUUGUGAAUUAAUUAAU